AUGCUGAUGGUGGACGUGGUCAGGUUCCUCACGGCGAUAUUGGCGUGCGUCGUGGUCAACAAACUCAACAGGCGGAGCGUUCUAUUCAUCGGAAUUUCCGUCAGCGUCGUGUCCCUGCUUACCGCCGCCGCGCUCCUCUACCUGCGCGACGGCGGCCACAUCCCCGAGCGGUACAAAUGGGCGCCAGUAGUGCCGACACUGCUGUACAUCUUUGGCAAGACGCUGGGCAUUCUGCCCAUACCGUGGGCGAUCGCGGGCGAGAUCUUCCCGCUCGCCUACCGCAGCAUCGGCAGCGGGAUAUCGGGCAUGUUCCUCUCGAUCACCUUCUUCGUCGUGGUGAAGACCGCCCCGGAAUCUUUCAACCAGAUCGGUGUGAGCGGCACCUUCUGCGUGUACGGCAUAAGCAUCGCGAUAUGCGGCCUCUUCUUGUACUACCUUCUGCCUGAAACGAAAGGCAAGACUCUGUACGAGAUAGAGUGCCAUUUCAGGGGGGAGAAGGAAGCGCUCUCUAAGGCCGAGGUCUGUGAGAAGGACAAGAUGCUGGAGUUGAGGAGGGUGGAAGAGGGU